AUGUCUGGCCCCUCCGAUUCUCACUCUGCAAAGAGGAGGAGAAUCCAACCACGUUCUACCGCCUCCGUCGCCAACCAUGAAGAGAAUGACGAUUCGCGCUUCUACGACCCCACUCAAGACCAGCACGAACGCCAGGAGAUAAAGAAAAAGUCCCGUGCCCUCGAGCGCGAGUUCAAUGAGAACAAGGAUGUCUACCUGAAAGAUGGCACUCAACUGGAGUCCAUCAUUGAUCGAGCCAAUGAAGUCUAUGGUCGUGUCAAGCAGACUGCCGAUGCGACGGUUGAUUCUCGCUUGCUCGUCAACAUCUCUGAUAUGGCUCUGAAAGCUUCCGCACAGCUUACUCUCGGCGACAACUCCACCGGUGUCGACAUCGACGAAUUCGUCUCCAAGUGUAUCCUGUUUAUGAAGAAUGACACUGGGAACGCUUCCGCAACCUCGACACAACGUCGUCGACAACGACAGAGUCAUCGCGGCGACGGAGAUGACGACGACGAAGAUGAGAACCCCAACGAUGUUCUUGACUGGGCUCACCUUGGCUCGCACGCCUGUUUUCCUUACAAUCUUCGUCCUCCUGCUCCGAGUUUCUUGCUUGGUCCUCUUUCCGUUCAGAAAAAGGUCCGCGCCCAAACGCAACGACGUGCUCGUCAGCGAAAAGAUUCCACCAUCAAGGAAGUUCGUCCGGAAGCCCUGACUGAACGCGAUCUUCAAACAAACGAGAACAAUGCCUUGACUACGCUGUGCCAAAACAUUAAGAAAAUUCUGGAGACGCAUUGCACUACCGCGACCGCUGCUAUAGAAUCGCUCGGCGACUUGGAUGACGAUCAGGUAUUGACAGAGAUGAAACGGAACAGAAUUGCUCCCACUGGUGGGCCAAGUCUGUUCGAUUUUGCAAUCAACCCGCACAGUUUUGGUCAAACUGUAGAGAACAUAUUUUACAUCAGUUUUCUAAUUAAAGAAGGCAAUGUCGGCCUGCAAAUGGACGAUGACGGGCUGCCUACUCUACUACCAGCUGAACCACAAACGGUAGCACAACAGCGCGAGAAAAGCUCGAUGCGACAUCAAGCGGUCUUCAGCAUCGAUUACAGUACCUGGCAGCGCUUGAUACAAGCGUUCAAAAUCACCGAACCCCUCAUCCCACAUCGAGGAACUAGUGGAGGUGGUCCGGGCAUCGGUGCUCGUGGUUGGUACAACGGAUGA